GUCUGGAGCCACACCCCCAGGUGUCCAUGACCCCCGUGGCUGCGCCCUGUCAGCGAUGAAAGGGUUAUCGGGCAGCCGCAGCCAUCAUCACGGAGUCACCUGCGAUUCAGCCUGUGACUCGCUGUCGCACCACGCGGACCGCAAGCCAUACCUGCUGAGCCCAGUGGAGCACCACCCGGCCGACCACCCCUACUACACUCAGCGGACCUCCUUCCAGGCCGAGUGUGUGGGCCCCUUCAGCGACCCGCUGGCCAGCAGCACCUUCCCGCGGCGGCACUACACCUCGCAGCAGGAGCUGAAGGACGAGUGUGCCCUAGUGCCCCGCACCCUGGCCACCAAGGCCAACCGCAUCCCCGCCAACCUCCUGGACCAGUUUGAGAGGCAGCUGCCUCUCAGCCGGGAUGGCUACCACACUUUGCAAUACAAGCGCACGGCCGUGGAGCACCGCAGCGACAGUCCCGGCCGCAUCCGCCACCUGGUCCACUCGGUCCAGAAGCUCUUCACCAAAUCGCACUCCCUGGAGGGGCCAUCCAAGGGCAGCGUCAACGGGGGCAAGGCCAGCCCGGACGAGUCGCAGACCGUGAGGUACGGCAAGCGCAGCAAAAGCAAGGAGCGGCGUCCGGAGCCCAAGCCGCGCAACAACACAUCCCCGGGCUGGUGGAGUUCUGACGACAACCUCGACGGCGACAUGUGCAUCUACCACUCCCCCUCGGGUGUGAUGACCAUGGGCAGGUGCCCCGACCGCUCGGCCUCUCAGUACUUCAUGGAGGCCUACAACACCAUCAGCGAGCAGGCAGUGAAGGCCUCCCGGAGUAACAACGAUGUCAAGUGCUCCACCUGCGCCAACCUGCCCGUCACCCUAGACGCACCGCUGCUCAAGAAGAGUGCCUGGUCCUCCACACUGACCGUGAGUCGAGCCCGAGAGGUUUACCAGAAAGCCUCGGUCAACAUGGACCAGGCCAUGGUGAAGUCAGAGUCGUGUCAACAAGAACGUUCCUGCCAGUACCUUCAGGUCCCUCAGGAUGAAUGGACAGGGUACACCCCUCGAGGUAAAGAUGAUGAAAUCCCCUGCCGAAGAAUGCGGAGCGGCAGCUACAUCAAGGCCAUGGGAGAUGAAGACAGCGGUGACUCGGACACCAGCCCCAAGCCUUCUCCCAAAGUGGCUGCUCGAAGGGAAAGCUAUCUCAAGGCGACUCAGCCAUCCCUCACAGAACUCACCACUCUCAAGAUUUCCAAUGAGCACUCCCCCAAACUCCAGAUCCGGAGUCACAGUUACCUGAGGGCGGUCAGUGAGGUCUCCAUCAACCGAAGCCUCGACAGCCUUGACCCUGCGGGGCUGCUCACGUCCCCGAAGUUCCGCUCCCGGAACGAGAGCUACAUGCGCGCCAUGAGCACCAUCAGCCAGGUAAGCGAGAUGGAGGUGAACGGGCAGUUCGAGUCGGUGUGCGAGUCGGUGUUCAGCGAGCUGGAGUCGCAGGCGGUGGAGGCCCUGGACCUGCCGAUGCCUGGCUGCUUCCGCAUGCGGAGCCACAGCUACGUGCGCGCCAUCGAGAAGGGCUGUUCCCAGGACGACGAGUGCGUGUCGCUGCGGUCCUCCUCCCCGCCGCGCACCACCACCACCGUGAGGACCAUCCAGAGCAGCACGGUGUCAUCUUGCAUUACAACAUAUAAGAAGACACCACCUCCAGUACCACCCAGAACUACCACGAAACCUUUCAUUUCUAUCACAGCCCAGAGUAGCACAGAGUCAGCCCAGGACGCCUACAUGGACGGACAGGGCCAGCGAGGAGAUAUUAUCAGCCAGUCUGGACUGAGCAACUCCACGGAGAGCCUGGACAGUAUGAAGGCUCUGACAGCCGCCAUCGAAGCCGCCAAUGCCCAGAUCCAUGGCCCUGCGAGUCAACACAUGGGCAACAACGCUGCCACCGUCACCACCACCACAGCCUUGGCCACCGUCACUGCAGAAGACAGGAAGAAGGACCACUUCAAGAAAAACCGAUGCCUGUCCAUUGGGAUCCAGGUGGAUGAUGCUGAAGAACCUGACAAGACAGGGGGAAAUAAAGCACCCAGUAAGUUCCAGUCCGUAGGAGUGCAAGUAGAAGAAGAGAAAUGCUUCCGCAGGUUCACUCGCUCCAACAGUGUGACGACGGCCGUGCAGGCCGACCUGGACUUCCACGACAACCUGGAAAAUUCCCUGGAGUCGAUAGAGGACAAUUCGUGCCCCGGCCCGGUGGCCAGACAGUUCUCCCGGGAUGCCAGCACCUCCACCGUCAGCAUCCAGGGCUCAGGAAACCAUUACCACGCCUGUGCCGUCGACGAGGACUUCGACGCGGACUUCGAUCCUUCCAUUCUGCCGCCCCCGGACCCCUGGAUUGAUUCAAUCACCGAAGACCCCCUGGAGGCCGUGCAGAGAUCAGUGUGCCACCGGGACGGCCACUGGUUUCUGAAGCUUCUCCAGGCGGAGCGGGACCGCAUGGAAGGCUGGUGCCAGCAGAUGGAGAGAGAAGAGCGGGAGAACAGCCUUCCUGAGGAGAUUCUAGGGAAAAUCCGAACCGCAGUGGGCAGUGCCCAACUUCUUAUGGCCCAGAAAUUCUACCAGUUCAGAGAACUGUGUGAAGAAAACCUGAAUCCCAAUGCUCAUCCAAGGCCCACCUCUCAGGACCUGGCCGGGUUCUGGGACAUGCUGCAGUUGUCCAUAGAAAACAUUAGUAUGAAAUUUGAUGAACUUCAUCAGUUAAAGGCCAAUAAUUGGAAACAGAUGGAUCCUCUUGACAAGAAGGAGCGAAGGGCCCCUCCUCCAGUGCCCAAGAAGCCGGCGAAGGGCCCCGCGCCGCUGAUCCGGGAGCGCUCGCUGGAGAGCUCGCAGCGCCAGGAGGCCCGCAAGCGCCUGAUGGCCGCCAAGCGCGCCGCGUCCGUCCGUCAGAACUCGGCCACCGAGAGCGCCGAGAGCAUCGAGAUCUACAUCCCCGAGGCGCAGACCCGGCUUUGAGGCCCCGGCCGCCGCGCCCCCGCCGCCGCCGCCGCCGCCGCCGCCGCCUCCUCCCCGGCGCCUGCCCACCCGCGUAGACGCGGCCCCUCUCUAGGUCACCCGCCAUCCAUCCUCCGUCCUCCUCGAGCUAGUCCGUCCCUAGAUUCCAGCAAUAUCCAACCGUAGGGUAUCUCAGACAUCCAGGAUCCCGCCCUGGGGGGGGCGGUCCCUAGGGACCUCGCCGUCUUCCACGCGAAAGAAACUAGGGCUCCGAUCCCCUUGAUUUCCCCGACACGCUUCCUAUUUUGGGCGAGCAGACUGGAGCGCUUGAUGUCCAGCCUCAGACAUCACACCCUGUCACCAGAGAGGGGCUGGGCGCGGGGGGGACCAGGAUGUGUGGUGGGUGGGUGGGGAAGAGAAGCAAAGUCUGCAGGUGCCGGGGGGAGAGGUGGGGUGCGGGUACCUGCGUCGCUCACAGCUGCACAAACUGCCUCACUGUUGUGUCAUCAGUCACUGCUUCAAAUGUCUCACUCAGCAGAAGAUUGUCAAUUUGAUCUUUCAGGGACAUCCAUCUAUUCCGAAAGGCAAUAAAAUGAAGACAGGAAAGGCAAGACCAAGGAAGCACUGCUAGCUUAAGAGACUACAUAAGGGAUUUUUUUCUUUUGUCCUAUUCUUAAGACAAUUUAGACCUGAAGUGUUUUCUCAACUUUUCUUGUACUAUGUAUAUUAUGUUGUUGUUGUGGUGGUGGGCGGGGGGAGGUCUUUAAAGGGGAAAGUGUUGGUUCCAUUACUUUGUUAGUGUCCAUCUAGGGGAGGGGGGGAGCCUACCUAAUUACACAGAUAGAAGUACAUCUCUGCUUACCAAGUGCUGUAAAUGGCAGCCGGCCUGCUUUCUGAGAAGAGUCGGGAUUUUCCCAUCAUCCCCUUCGAACGCUACACAUUUGGUCUCUUUUAACCCAGUAGUUCAUAGGGCAGACAUUUGUCUCCAUCAGUCUUUCCUCACUGCUCCAGAGUCCUAUCACACCCCCGUAUCAGGAUUUUGUCCUGUGUCAAACCCAUCAAAUAAGCUUUCUGUCCCAGUAGACGUGCUGUCUCAUUUCAAAGAGCAGCCACUCAUCUUGAGGUCCCAAGUAGAGAGAAAAGAAAUUUGACCUGCAAGGUUCAGCAGCCAUGUGGAGGGGGAUAGCAUCGCGGUUCCUAAACAUUGAAGAGACCCAGGGAUUUGGCAGAGAAGGUUGAUUUUUGUUUUUAGUCAUGAUGGAUGGCAUAUGACCUUUGCGGCCAGCUGAAGUUAUCUUUAAAUGCCCUUACUCCUAGCAGUUUAAACACUUAGAAUGAGGUGAUCUUACAUGAUCACUGGCAUUUUAUCCAGCUCCCUAAAGUGUUAGAUAUUACCAUUGAAAAAUGAAAGACUUUUAAAAAGAUAUAUCAGAUACACUUGCACCAGAGACGCUUUAAAAAAAAAAUAAACUCUCAUAGCCAGGUGCUAAUUUUAUUUUAAAAAUUAAGAGAAGUGAUGGGUUCUGGCAACAACUAUUUUCAUGGACAUAUUCUAAAACCACUAGAGAAUUCGCUACCUCUCAGAGCCGUUGAUGCUUUGAGCUAUCUUUAUAAACAGGGCACAAAUGUUUACUGCUGUGGUUUACAAGAAAAGGGCUACUAACUUAUUUAAAACAAACCAACUUUUAACUAGAGUGGACAAAGCACCUUUCGGUACUUUUAAAAUUGGAGCAGAUAGAGAAUUUAAGCUUCAAGUAUUUUCUGGUUUUAAAAGAAUACACGUUUUCUUUACUCUGUAGCAGCCGGGGAAGGUCACACAAAGUUUGCGUCAGGUAAGGCCAACUGCCACCUUGGGUAGCCUAUGGUCAUGUUCAGCCAUGACAGUGACUCAGAACUCACAGACUAACCUGAAGGAAACAGCAUCUAUUUGAAGACCCAUGUUCCCAUCCACAGCUCUGUGCCCUGAGGGAGAGAUAAGAUUUGGAUGGAGAAAUAGAUUUCUAAAGAUCAUCCUACAAUAUUUUCCUUGGAAACUGGUUUAGCCCAGGAUAUUUUAAGAGAGACAAGAGGUGGCCUAUUUAUCUUGUCUACAUGAAUGGUAUUUGUAUAUUCAUAAGCUAUUUUUGGUAAGAAUUUUAAAUCUUUUAGCAGAAUGCCUACAGGCAUCAUGACCUUUGCCUUCCUUGAAAACACCAAUUGUACAAACACUUUAUAAAAAGCUAAUUAUUGAUGUUAAGACAUGACCCCACAUAAAACUGCUUGUUGAUCACUUGCCCUGUUAAGCCUGACAUCCGUGAGCAUAACCCUUGUUACAUUGUUCUUUUUGAUGUAAUUUGUAGAAAUGUUUUUUAGUUAACACAAUGGAAAAUGUAUGUACCCUGAAAAAUUACUUAUUUUGUUUAACUUUGGUACAAAGGUGUUUGGGUAUUUUCUUGGGGAGGGGGGAAUUACAAAAGAAGUUUGUCUCCCACAUCAAAAAAACGUUCAAAGAAAUUAAGUAUUUAUUAUAUUUUUUGCAGAUGUUUCCAUACAACUCACAUAACCUUUUUGUAAAGAGAGAUGAAGAAAUGGAUUAAAGAUUUUUAAUAUUUGAAAUGGUAAAUAGAACUAAUUUAUUUGUACUAUAUUUCUGUUAUUUAUAGAUGUUUCCUUAAUGUUUUACUGUGCAUUACCACUUUAAUUUAAGCCUUAUCCUUGUGAAUUUACCAUUUCUUUUUUAAAACAUGUCUAGAUGCAUAUUUUAAAUAACUGGAAUGUAAAUCACUAGCAUAUCUGAAUUCCCAAAUGUAAUUUUUAAAAAUUAUUUUGGUUUGGAAAAAAAAAAAGAUUCAUUUGAAAGCUUUCAGAUGGAGGGGUGGGGAACAUUUUUAUGGCUUUAUGAAUUGGAAUUUCAUAGGCUUAUAUACCUAGAUUGUGUGCGGACAAAAAAAUAAUUGUAAAUAGAUGAAUGUUUCCCAUGAUGUAAAAAGAAAUUAAUAAAAUAAUUAAUGCACUGCUUUCA